GCUUUCUUUCCUCCACUCUCUGCCAACAAGUCCUCUCCUCCAAAGAAACCAAACACAUCAAAGAAAGUUGCAGGCACAGACAUUUUCAAUGGCAGACUUCUCACCACACCACACUCUCCUCCUAAAGAUGCCUGCAGCCUUGACCAAUGGCCACACCCCCAACCCCUCAGGCCUUCUGUUAUACAACCAAAGCCUUGGCCAAGCAGCACCAGCAAAUGCAAAUACAGCAUCAGGAGGAGUAGCCAUGGCAGAGGAUGCCUCACUGGAGAGCUCAUCUGCUGUUCUUGAUACCUCUCCACAGGGCAGUGCAUCUUCACUGGACAGGAAGAGGAAGGCCACAGAAGACACUGCCACACUUAGUUCUGCUCACUCCAAGGGCUCCAAGGAGGGCAAGAGCAAGAGAGGUAAGAGGCCCAACAAGGAGGCUGAGGAGAAGAGCGCCACUGAAGAUGAGGCCCCCAAGGGGUACAUCCAUGUGAGGGCAAGGAGAGGGCAGGCCACAGAUAGCCACAGCCUUGCAGAGAGGGUGAGGAGAGAAAGGAUAAGUGAGAGGAUGAGGAUGCUACAAGCACUGGUCCCUGGUUGUGACAAGGUUACUGGAAAGGCCCUCAUUUUGGAUGAGAUAAUCAAUUAUGUGCAGUCAUUGCAGAACCAAGUAGAGUUCCUUUCCAUGAGGAUUGCCUCCAUGAGCCCAGUAUUGUAUGGGUUUGGACUGGACAGUGAUGACCUCCAUGGGCAGGCACAAAUGGGAGGCAUGUUCCAAGAAGCCCUUGCAAUGCCAGGUCCAGUGCUGAGCCAAGCUAGCCCAGCUCCAUCUCAAGCCAUCAUGGACGCCACCUCCACCACACCCUACUCACUGCAGGGCCAGGGUGACAUCUCUUUCUCUCAGGACAAUGGCAGCUACCUGAUGCAAGCAGUGGGGGAGCCAAGGCAGGAGCUGCUCAAUCAGCUGGUGUUCAGCAACAUGUGCUCUUUCCAGUAGGGGGAGGAGUGAGAGAGAAAGCAAGGACCCCACAUUGACAAUAGGAGGAAAUGAUGCUGCAAGAUUUGUAGGAGCACCAGAUGAGCUUGAGAUGUCGGAUCUAGUCCAUCCCCUUGUCUGGAUUUGGAGAGGUGAGCAGCAAGUAGUGAUUGCUGUUUACACAUUUUCAGAGACUUGUAAUAUUUGCAGCUCCUUAAUGAGGCAUUGUCCAUGAGGAUUUUCUCAGCAGCUGCACCUGUCAUCACCAUUGUAGUCAACCUUGAGCAAUCAGUUGUUAAUACAUAAGAGAGCUAUUUU